AUGCAGGUGUUGGCACAGUCACAGCUGCCUCACGGCCCUCAAGACUUUCAGCCGCAAGCACAGCAGGCGCAGCCUAAGCAGGAUGACCUAGGAAUCUUGAUAAUUGAUAAGUGUGCUUCUUUUAUCUGGGAGGUUGCGCAACAGCAGCUUAUGCAAGUCCAGCGCUUGGAGCAGAUGGCUCAUCAGCUUCAGGCUUCGAGUCUUUCCAGUCUGUCUUUCCGGCCCGAGCAGUCCACUCCCGCGGAGCGUACCUCAGACUUCGACCGGACCCUCCCGGCGCUGCCAGCGCCCCCAGGUGUAAUCCCGGGAGCGACGCCAGGAGCAACCUCGGCUUUUGAAACUGCUUCGGGUCCGGCAAAUGCGGCGAAAGUGGUUGAUGUGCUCACGCUGGCAACAGUAAGGGCUUACUUUCCCAUGGUUGUGGCACAGACUCUGUCGGCAGAUGCGGCAGCGCGCGCCUUCCAGAGAUUUGGAGAAGUAGUUGGCCUGGACAUGCAGAGCUGUAGGAGCAAGGGCGAAGUCAUCGUGACCUUCUCGGAGCCCAAAGCGGCACAGCGACUCCUCAUGGCUUUGAGCCCGGAGAGAGUUCUCGACUUCACCAACGAAUUCGCACCACCCGCGGUGGAGCGGCCAGACACCCUCGAAUCCGUUCUCUCUAGUACGAACGAGUUGUCAUCAACUCCGACAGCAUCGGUCGAGGAAGCAGGUCUAUUGAGAACUACCUUAGCCGCCGGCCGAAAUCCAGGAGAGGUACCGGAUUAUGCGACGCUCCUGGCGCCGACGCCAGGACGCCUACCCACUCCGUUCCGGACCUCCAUCAUACUCGGUGGAGUGCCAAAGACCUGUAGUUCCGAGCGGUUCCUGCACACCAUGAAGGGCUGCCAGCUGAUUACGAAGCUGAGGUUCUUCUACUUGCCCGUCGACAAACCACGUGGACGAGCAGUUGGCUACAUCUUUAUGGACUUCCAGCAAGCGACAGACAUACUGGAGUUCUGGGCUCGCCUUCAAGAGCUUUCGGAGGGAAUAGGUGGGCCGAAGGCCCUGCAAAGUCUUUACGUGAGCUAUUCGCGGAUUCAAGGCAGAGAUCAGCUCUUGGAGCACUUUGGUGGCUCAGACAUCAUGUUUGAGCCAGAUGCCAACAAACGUCCACAGUUCUUCUUUCCACAGGACUGA